GGCCAACGCCGCCGUGCAUGAAGCGACCAGGAGCAUACUGGGAAUCUGGACUGCGAGCAUGCACCCCAUUCACCUCCUAUGCAUGCAAUUCUUCAUGGGAGAUGGAUCUCUCGACAUUGGUCAUGCUGUUGCCAGCACCAUAGCGACAAAGAUGGUUGAGUCAGCAGAGUUAGCUCUUUUGACACAUCAGGAAGGAAGACGAUGCACCAAUGACGAUUUGCUCGCUUAUGGCUUGCAGUUCAGGUCAUUUCUUCAUGCUUGUCCAAACAUAUUCAGUGGUCUGACACGACUCAAGCUAGAGAAUUUGAGGCUAGGUGAAUCAGAUUUCACUAAAGUCUUUAGUCUGUCCAAGAGAUUGGAGUUCCUCUGCUUGUUCAACUGUUUUGCGGGGAUUCUGUCUGUGCUAGAAGUGGAACACCAGCAACUUCGCGAACUUGAGAUUUUCAGCUGUGAUUUGGAAAGGGUUGACCUGAAUUGGCUACCAAACCUCACAAAUCUGACCUUUUCUUGUUGGGCCUCUCAUCAUGAUCUUUUGUCCUUUGGUUAUGUCCCACUGCUCCAGGCUGUAACUCUGAGUAAUACGGCUGUUUCGUGGCACAAGAUGCUCAAGUUAAGUGAAAUUCUUGGCAAUGCCACCAUAAGCGAGCUCCAUUUGAACUUCGAAAGCGAAAAGAUUUGGGUCAAACCUAAAGGUCCAAGAGAAUUAUCAAAGGUGUUCCACAAAUUAAGGCUUGUAAAUUUAGCUGACAUUUCAGAAGAAUGUGAUCUGGCCUGGACAUUGUUUGUCUUGCAAGGUGCGCCUUCCCUUAAAGAGCUAUGCUUAAUGGUUUCGAAUAGAUGCGAAAUGACAUGGGAUAAGGAGGGAAGGAAGGAGUUCGAGUUUAGUGAGGACAAGAAGGAUGCGGGUUUAGAGUGGGAAACAUCUUUCAAGCACCACAAUCUGGCUGUGCUCAGGAUCUUUGGGUUUCAAUUUGAAGAGAAGUUUGUGAAUUAUGUCCAAUUUGUCAUGGAAUCAGCUGUCAAUCUGAAGGACAUAUACCUGUAUGAGAGGCCAAUAUGUGAGACAUGUAUGAACAAGAAGCAAAAGGACAGAUACCCAUGGGCAAAGAAGUAGAGGAUCUCACUCAUCAACAGUUUGGACAUGGAUACGCUCCCGCUUUUAAGGAUUCACUUUCCAAGUUUGAGAACCUGACGGAUGCACACAGUGUUAUCUGAAUUUGGGUGUGUCCAUCCCUGACAUCGAUUUAAGACGGUAAUGAAAUUUAAGAUAGAGCCUUUGCUUGAUAUUUUAAGCUGGCAUCCCAAUGUGUUUGCAAGAUAUAUGUAGUGAGAAGGAUUAUCCCAUCCCAGCAGUACUCCACCCUUC